CACGGCAAUUCUCUCCGUUGUUCGAACCUGAAAUUUGAUCAAUACGCUCUUGCACCCGAAUUUUGUAUGCUCUACAAAAAGCGAGUCUCCUACUGAGCCUGAGCCUGGAUCUGUGAAGUUUUGCUCAAUCUGCUACAGAAAAGUAUGGCUGCAAUUUAUAGUCUUUAUAUCAUCAACAAAUCAGGAGGUCUCAUCUUCUACAAGGAUUAUGGGUUAGCAGGCAGAAUGGAUACCAAUGAUAGCUUGAGAUUAGCAAGUUUGUGGCACUCGAUGCACGCCAUCUCCCAGCAAUUGUCCCCAAUUUCCGGAUGCUUCGGUAUCGAACUCCUGGAAGCGGACACAUUUGAUCUUCAUUGCUUUCAGUCUCUUACCGGGACAAAGUUUUUUGUUGUAUCUGAGCCUGGAACGCAUCACAUGGAUAAUUUGUUGAAACAUAUUUAUGAAUUGUACACGGAUUAUGUGUUGAAGAAUCCAUUUUAUGAAAUGGAGAUGCCAAUUCGGUGUGAGCUCUUUGAUAUCAAUCUUGCACAAGCAAUACAAAAGGAUCGUGUUGCGUAUCUUGGCCGAUGAGGAGAUGAAUCUUAUUAUGCAAACAAUCCUAUCUUUUUUUUUUCUCCAAAUUCUAAUUUUAGUUUCGGGUUUAUUUGAUUGAUAUUGUUAAAUUCCAAGUUUAUUUGAUAAAAUAGUAGCCAACUGAAGCUUUUGGGAUAUAUGCUCAUAUCAUAUGUUUCUUAUAUGUUAUACAUUUGUUUCUUUCUUAGGCCCCA